GCCGGGGCGACCGCGGGCAGAGCGCGGCCCCAGUCGACUGCGGUCUGCCUCCCGUGCGGCUGGGACGUUCGCGCUCCGUGCAGGAAAGUGGGUGCUGCAGACGUGGGCACCGCGCACGCGUGGGGAGCGGCCCCCGGGGAGCCCGCGCCGGCAGGACUGCGGCCUAGCGCCGCGUGGCGACAGGUGUUCUGGGGCAUCCCUGUCACGUGACCGGGGAGCACGGCGCGCCCGGCACCUGGAGGGGGCGGGGCUCGUGCAGGCCACACCUCCUCCGGUCCAGGACCUGAGGACGGGGGCGUGGCCAAAGAAGCGUACCUGGAGGGUCUCAGCUGGGGAGGGCCCGGGAAGGGUGCUGGGCACCUCAAAUUAGGGGAGGAAUGGGGGAACACCCGCCCUCGUACUACUAUGGCAAUAAGAAGGAGGGUGGCGCCCCUGGGAACCGAGGCCCUGGAGGAGAUGGAGGCGUUAGGGAUGCCUGGGGGGAGCCCCAGAUUCGAGCUUGAAAGGAUGAAGGCAGACAAAUGAGCUCAGAGGGCCUUGGGGUGUGGUCCUGGCCCGACUUCAGAUUGCGGUGGGCGAGCCCUUGCCCCUCUCUCGGUCCCCAGCCCUUCGCUCAUCUCCCCGGUCCUGGAGGGACCAACCAGGGUGCAAGGCCCCACAUCCCUGGUCUGCCACAGGAUGAGCCUCUUGGCCACGGCCGGGCUGUGGGGCCCGCCCGGGCUGCUCCUGACCUUCGCCCUGCACCCAGCUCUGUGCUUGCGCCCAGCCCCGAUCUCGGGGCCCCCGCACCGGGACUACUGCGUCCUGGGCGCCGGGCCCGCGGGCCUGCAGAUGGCCUACUUCCUGCAGCGGGCCGGGAGGGACUACGCGGUGUUUGAGCGCGCCCCGCGGCCCGGCAGCUUCUUCACGCGCUACCCACGCCACCGCAAGCUCAUCAGCAUCAACAAGCGGCACACGGGCAAGGCCAACGCCGAGUUCAACCUCCGCCACGACUGGAACUCUCUGCUCAGCCACGACCCCCGGCUGCUCUUCAGACACUACUCCAGCGCCUACUUCCCCGAUGCGGGCGACAUGGUGCGCUACCUGGAUGACUUCGCAGACAGGCUGGGGCUCCACGUGCUGUACAACACGACCAUUGCCCACGUCACUCUGAACAAGGAUCGGCAGGCCUGGAACGGCCAUUACUUCAUCCUGACGGACCAGAUGGGCCACGCACACCGGUGCAGCGUCCUUCUGGUAGCCACCGGUUUGUCAGUCCCCAACCAGGUUGACUUCCCGGGCUCCGAAUACACGGAGGGAUAUGAGUCUGUGUCCGUGGACCCCAAGGACUUCGAGGGUCAGAAUGUGCUGAUCCUGGGGCGGGGGAACUCUGCCUUUGAGACAGCAGAGAACAUCUUGGGUGUCACCAACUUCAUCCACAUGCUGAGUCGCUCCCGCGUCCGGCUGUCCUGGGCCACCCACUAUGUUGGAGACCUCAGGGCCAUCAACAACGGCCUGCUGGACACCUACCAGCUGAAGUCCUUGGACGGGUUGCUGGAGUCCGACCUGACGGAUCUGGCCAUCGUGAAGGACCGUGAGGGCAAGUUCCGCGUCACCCUGAAGUUCUUCCUGGAGGAAGGCAACCAGAGCGCCGACGCCAUCACCCUCCCCCAGGACGACAAUGACAACUUCGCCAUGCGCGUGGCCUACGACCGGGUCAUCCGCUGCCUGGGCUGGAACUUCGACUUCUCCAUUUUCGACAAGUCCCUCCGACUGUCUUCUGGGGGUGAGUUCAGCAAGAAGUACCCGCUGGUGAAAGCUAGCUAUGAGUCCAAAGGAAGCCGGGGUCUCUUUGUCCUGGGUACCGCCAGCCACUCGGUGGAUUACCGGAAAUCGGCCGGGGGCUUCAUUCAUGGAUUCCGAUACACAGCGCGUGCUGUCCACCGCCUGCUGGAGCAUCGCCACCACGGCGUCGCCUGGCCCUCCACCGAGCACCCCGUCUCACAGCUGACGAGCUCCAUCGUCCGGCGCAUCAACGAGGCUUCUGGGCUGUACCAGAUGUUCGGCGUGCUGGCCGAUGUCGUCCUGCUGAAGGAGAACGCCACGGCAUUUGAGUACCUGGAGGAGCUCCCCGUGCAGAUGCUGGCCCAGCUGGAGACCAUCACAGGAAGGAGGGCCAGGCACGGGCUCUUCGUCAUCAACAUGGAGUAUGGCAGAAAUUUCUCUGGGCCCGACAAGGACGUCUUCUUUCAUGACCGGUCCGUGGGGCACACGGAAGACGCGUGGCAGUCCAACUUCCUCCACCCCGUCAUCUACUACUAUAGGCACCUCCCCACCGAGCAGGAGGUGAGGUUCCGCCCUGCCGACUGGGCCCUGCCUCGGCCCACAGCCAUCCACCACAUCGUGGAAGAUUUCUUGACGGACUGGACCGCCCCGGUGGGGCACAUCUUACCUCUGAGGCGCUUCCUGGAGAACUGUUUGGACACCGAUCUGCGAAGCUUCUAUGCAGUAAUCCCCACACCCAAUGGGGGGCUCGAACUCACAACCCCGAGAUCAAGCGUCCUACUCUCCACCAACCAAGACAGCCAGCCACCCCCACCCCAGCCAUAUUUCAUUAAUAGGACUCUUAAAGGGGUAGAGGCGCCUGAGUGGCUCCAGUCAGUUAAGCAUCCUGACUCCUGAUCUCGGCUCACGUCCUGAUCUCACAGUUCGUGAGUUCAAGCCCCGCGUUGGGCUCUGUGCCAGUGAGAAAAAGGACUAGUCAAGCAAACUAUGGACAUUCACCCAACAAAAUACUACGCAGCUCUCAAAAACGCCCAGAGGUGAAGACCGUACGGUAAAGAUACACGUGUGACAAAGUCCAGCGAAAAGAAGCAGGACAUGAAAUUAUAGUUGUGAACUACUUAGAACUAUAUAUAAAACUAGAAAGCCACCCACAGGGGAGACUCUGGCAAGGACAGAUCACAAAAUGGCAACAGUAGUGGUAUUAGGCUUGUGGAGGCUUUUUUUUUUUUCCUUUCUCUUUUGUCCAAAUUUGUGGUUACGCUCUAUAGUGAAAUAAAUUCUUUCUUUUUAAUCAUCUCUGGGGGGAUGCCUGAGUGGCUCAGUUGGUUAAGCAGCCGGCUCUCAAUUUCAGCGCAGGUCGCGAUUUCACGGGUCACGGGAUUGAGCCCCGCGUUGGGUUCUGAGCUGGCAAUGCAGAGCCUGCCUGGGAUUCUCUCUCACGCUCUCUCUCUCUCUCUUGUUUUUUAAAAAAUAAAAAAUCAUCUCUGCUUUUGGGAUUUAAAAUUGCUAGGGGUGAGAGGAUGGGGGGGGGCGGUGGUGACCCUCCCAGGGGACAUGCUCUGCCCCUGGUCCCGGGGGUGCCCAUGGUUUUAUCCCUCUCCCAAGUUGAGAAACCCCUGCACCCAGUGUCAAGGGACUAGACACGGCCAGUCUAGAGAAGGAAAUUUUAAGUGAUGUGUACUCCAGUCCUGCAGUGUUUGGACUGACCCAGCACAAGAGAGGAGAUCUCUGGGAGCAUCCUCCCUCCCCAAGUGAUAGAAAAGGAAAGAGAAAAAUCCUCGUUUUCUUGUGGAGGUUCCCUGGGUGUAAUCUCCAAUCCACUGUAGAGCCCCCAAGUCCUUUGGUCUGACGAAAGUGAGGGCAUAGCCAAUUGAGUCACCAAGACAUGACUUUGCUAAACCAAUUCCAACUUCUAGUCAUUUAUUGAGUACUGACUGCGUCCCCAAAACUGUGCCGUGGUGGUUUCAAAGACAGGUUCACAAACUCUUUGAUACAUCCUCAGAGAGAUGGACUAAUUCCCCUCCUGCUGAGUGUGAGUGGAACUGAGUGAUUCACUUCCAGCAAAUAGAGCAGAGGUGACAGGACGUUGGGACACCUGGGUGGCUCAGUCGGUUAAGCCCCCGACUCUUGAUCUUGGCUCAGGUCAUGAUCUCUGGGUUCGUGAGGCCGAGCCCAGCAUCGGACUCUGCAAUGAUAGCUCGGGGCCUGCUUGGGAUUCUCUCUCUGCCCCUCCCCUGCUCGUGUGCUCGCUCUUUCUCUCUCUCUCAAAAUAAGUACAUUUAGAAAAAGAAGUGACAGGAUGUAAUUUUCAAGGUUACGUUAUAAAAAGACUCUAGCAUUCACCCACCAAGAGACUGUUUUCUUUCUCUCUCUCUCUCUCUCUCUCUCUCUCUCUCUCUCUGUUUCAUCACUUGCUCAGGUUAUAAAAAGACUAGAGCAUUCACCCACCAAGAGGCUGUUCUCUCUCUCUCUCUCUCCCUCUCGAGUCGCUGGCUCAGGGCAUCCGGGCACGGAUGGAGAGGUCCACGUAAGGAACUGAGAUCUGCCAAGAGCCAUGUGCGUAAGCCUAGAAGCAGACCUACUCCCACCCAGCCCUUGGAUGACUACAGUGAUGGCCACCACCUUGAACGCAGCCUCAUGAGACACCCUGAGUCAGAACCCCCCACCUAAACCACUCCCAGAUUCCUGACCCACAGAAACUUUGGCGUAAUGCCUGUUGUUUUAAGCUGCUAAGUUUUUGUGGGGGGUUUUGUGAGGGGGGCGUUUUGUUACACAGCGAUAGAUAACUAACACAUGCACUAACCAGCUUUUACCUGCGUUAACUGUUGCCACAACCCUAAGGGGUAGAUAUUCCUAUCCUAGCCUCCAUUCUCAGGCUGAGAACAAUUACACAGGUGAUUUGCUUCGAAAAUCCACCUCCUUCCAGCCGUCCUCUAAAUAUUAAGUCAUGAAAGCAGCCAUCUCAUCACCUGUGGGCUUCCUUCUCAUGAACACUGGGUGACAAGACAUUAAGAGAGCAAACAAUCCUUCAAACCUAAGACACGGUGAAGGGUGUGUGGUCCCACAGGAUGGCAGAGAAGUGUCAAAGUGCCGGUUACACAAAACAUACCCUCGAAAACAGUAUUCAGCCACUCCCAUCAACCAGACGUCCUGUGAUACAGGCGGGGCGGGAUGGUUCAGAUGGGGACCUGAAGUCUGGACUGUCCACCUUUCUCCAGGCUUCAGCCUCAGUUAGGAUCCUCAGUUCUCUGACCAAUUACAACAUCAUCCCCAAGAGCCAAAUUGGAUUCUUCCCGAGAAAAGAAACCGUAGGCUGCAUCAUUUCCCUGCAGAUGCUUAUUUUUUUAAUACAGUAAAAAUGCUGACUGGGGCAAGGCUUUUGUCAGACUGCAGGCUUUAAAGAAGCAUUUAAUUCAAUCUGGCACCCCAGACGGAAUGUAAAUCUGCCACAGAGUGAAGCUGAUGGGCAAAUAUAUGAGAUGCUUUAGCCCAAGUAUUUAAUCCAAGUACAUCACACGACCAAUCCAUCAACCCUGAAAUAAAAAAAACAGCAUGUAACAGAUGUAUUUAAGCAGGGAAGAAAAGACCAGCAGAAUAUCCUGUCUCGCUCCUUUCUCAGUUCUGCAUAAGUAAAACUGAUUCGCCUGCUCUUCUGGAGAAGGCCCCAAG